UCUCCUUCCCUCCCGUGUGUAGCGUGUCGGUCAGCCCAGGGCGGCUGCACCUUCCUUGAAGCCUGGGAGCCCCCGCUGGCCCGCUGCUCUUCCCCAUGGGGAUUCGAGAGUUUCCCAACGGCACGACGAGGGGCAAGACCAUUGCGAUUGGCAUGAGGAGAUCUCCAGAUGUCAGCCCCAGGAGGCUGUCAGACAUAAGCCCUCAACUCCGGCAGCUCAAAUACCUAGUGGUGGAUGAGGCGAUCAAAGAGGAUUUGAAAUGGUCCCGAUCUAUGGAAGAUCUCACCAGUGCUUCUGUGGGACUCACUUCCAUUGAGGAAAGGAUUUUGCGGAUUACCGGUUAUUAUGGCUAUCAGCCCUGGGCUGCCAGCUACAAAAGGGAUGAGCGGUCCCAUGAUUCCCCAGUACCAGCAGAAGCCCAGGCACAAGCUGGGAUGGAAGCUGGUGGAAGAGGGAGCCGAUGUUGCUGGACAUGCUCUGUGACACAGCUUAAGAAAUUUUUCUGGGGUGUAGUGGUGGUACUUGGCGUCUGCUCCUCUUGGUCAGGUUCAACCCAGCUAGCAAAACUGACCUUUAAGAAACUUGAUGCACCCUUCACUUUGACAUGGUUUGCAACAAACUGGAACUUUUUAUUUUUUCCUUUGUAUUACAUUGGACAUGUUUAUAAGUCAGGUGAAAAACAGUCUCCACAGCAAAGAUACAGGGAGUGCUGUCGGUUUUUCGGAGACAAUGGCUUGACUUUAAAGGCAUUUUUUACCAAGGCAGCACCUUUUGGCGUUCUUUGGACUCUCACAAACUACCUGUACUUACAUGCAAUAAAAAAAAUAAACACUACGGAUGUCUCCGUUUUGUUCUGCUGCAACAAAGCUUUUGUGUUCUUGCUUUCAUGGAUCGUUCUCAGGGACAGAUUCAUGGGAGUGAGGAUUGUGGCUGCUAUACUUGCUAUAGCAGGGAUAGUCAUGAUGACUUAUGCUGAUGGAUUCCACAGUCAUUCAGUUAUUGGAAUAGCACUUGUUGUGGGAUCCGCCUCAAUGUCAGCCCUGUACAAGGUUUUGUUUAAGCUUCUCCUUGGCAGUGCUAAAUAUGGAGAAGCUGCCUUAUUUUUGUCAGUGUUAGCUGUCUUCAAUAUCCUUUUUGUUACCUGUAUUCCUAUCAUCCUUUACUUUACCAAAGUUGAAUACUGGAGUUCUUUUGAUGGCAUUCCUUGGGGAAGCAUUUGUGGAUUUUCAGUCCUAUUAUUGACAUUCAAUAUUUUAUUAAAUUUUGGGAUUGCUAUUACAUAUCCUACCUUGAUAUCGCUUGGAAUUGUACUAAGUGUACCUGUAAAUGCCGUUGUUGACCACUACUCGAGUAACAUUGCCUUCAACAGUGUCCGUGUAAUCGCCAUUGUCAUCAUUGGCCUGGGUUUCCUCCUGCUGCUUUUGCCAGAGGAGUGGGAUGAGUGGUUAAUAAAGCUCCUCACUCGCCUCAAAGUACGAAAGAAGGAAGAGAUUCCGGAAGGGAACGGAGACAUUGUUUCAGGAUUGCAAAAUAAAAGCAGGAGAACACGCCCUUCCAUGUCAUCGUUCACACAUUAAUGUUAUUUUUUUAAUGAAAACUCUUCACACAUGGUAUGCUAUAAUUCACAGGUCUUUCUUGCAAAGCACAUAUGUUCAAUACGGUGUACAUAGAUGUACAGUUUUGAUAAUAACAGAGUCUGAGGCAUCACGUUUCAGCAUGUCCAAAUUGCUUGCACUUUCACUUGGGAGAACUUCUUUAAAAAGGCAAAAACAAAACUUUUUAAAUGAAUGUAAUGUAUAAAUGAAUAAUCUUUGCAUAUUGUUUUAAUGAUCAAUCAUCAUAAGGAGCAGGACAUAUAUUUUCAACAUUAGGUACUGAAUGACACAUCGCACACUGUGAU